GUGUGCGUGCGCGUAAUGGUGUAAAGGUAAAAUAUAAGAUGGCGGCGGAUGGUGAUGUGAUUCCUGAUCAAGAAAAAGUGCGAAUAGUAUCAAAUUUUAUUUUGCAUUCGCCCCCAGGCGAGUUUAAUGAAGUUUUUAAUGAUGUGAGAGUUCUAUUGAAUAAUGAUAAUUUAUUAAAAGAAGGAGCAUCAGGUGCAUUUGCACUUUACAACAAGGAUCAGCUCACGCCUGUUAAGAUAGAGGGAAGUGAAUAUCCGGCACUUAUAACGGAGCACAAUGACUUGGGUGGUUCAAGGUUUUACGAUGCUCGCAGUAAACAAAAUUUUAAAUACGAUCAUCUUAGAAAAGAAGCUCAAGAUUAUGAAUCAUAUGAACCUGAUUCCACUGCAGAACCAUGGAGAUCAGCUCUACAAGAUGAAAUAACAACAUACACUCAAAAUCACUAUAGACAUGGUGCAUGUUCAGUUUUUGGAAAAAGUCAAGGAGGAAAUAUUACUCUAACUGCCUGCAUAGAGGAUCAUCAAUUUCAGCCUAAAAAUUUUUGGAAUGGACGCUGGCGUUCAGUGUGGACAGUGAGCUUUAGUACAAGUUCAGGUACAGCAGAAUUAAGAGGUUGUUUAAAGGUACAAGUACACUAUUAUGAAGAUGGUAAUGUUCAGUUAGUAAGUAGUAAGGAUGUUAAAGAAAGUUUGCCUAUAUCAUCAGAAAAGCAAACAGCUAAAGAAUUAAUAAGACUUGUCGAAGAAUCAGAGAAUGAUUAUCAAACAGCAAUUUCAGAAAAUUAUCAAACAAUGUCAGACACAACAUUUAAAGCAUUACGAAGGCAAUUACCAGUAAUGAGAACUAAAAUCGAUUGGAAUAAAAUUGUAUCUUAUAGUAUUGGCAAAGAGCUUAAAAGUCAAUAGAACUAGAUUUUUUAAUAUAUAAAUAUAUAUUAUAAAAAAAUUGAGAGAAUUAAUUAAAAAGCACAUUUUGCUAAACGGGUCAAGUCUGGAGGUGUGAUGAAAAAGCAAAACGAAAGAUUUAAAAACAAAAUAAUAUCCUAUCACUGCGAUAUAAUAAUUAUUAGUAUUCUUCAAAAUAAGGGCCAAUUUUUUAUGGGCUGUGCAAAUAUCAGAUUUAAUCCUAUCGUCCAGGAAAACAAUUUUUAUUUCCAUACACAACUUAAUUUCAGUAAAGAUUUUUUUUUUUUAUAUAAAAGAAUGCACAAUUAAAAUUCAGCACGUGAAUAGCCCAUAUUUUUUACCAAACUUUAUAUAAAAAUAAAAAAAAAAAUAAAUAUAUACUCUUUUUUUAAAACAAAAACCCCUGUAUUAUUUUAUAUAGAUAAUAUCGAAUUUUAUUCAUAAUAAUAAAUACAUUUUUUAAUUUUAAAAACAAUUUUUUGGUGCUAUAUUGCAUACACAACCAGACAAGUAACACGAAAAAAAAUAACAUGCCUUAAUCCGUUCGUUUUUUACGUUAAAAGAAAUAAUGUGUAAAUAUGUUAUUUGAAUGAAUGGAACGCGUCUGAUUUUGUUUUUCUUCAAUUUAUUAAUUGUCUCAAUUAUUAUUUCGAGUUUUAAAAAUCUAAGUUUAAAAAAAACAACUUUUUCCCUUUAAGAACAAUUGACAAUUUUUAAUUUUUCCUAUUUAGAUUUUUUGCUAUAUAUAUAUGUAAAUUUUGCAAAUUUUAUAAUUUUGUUUCUAAUAGUUAAAUUUCUCUAUUUUAGAGCGCGGGAAUAUAUAUUUGUGUGUGAAUGAAGAACAAAAAAAUGGGGGAGAGAAUAAAUAAGUGUUGAAUAGAAAUUACAAUUAUCAAACUUUACAGAAAAUAGUUGCCUAUAAUAAAAUGAAUAAUAACUGAACUUUAGGAAUAAUCAACAAUCGAGUGUAUAUCUUAAAAAUAAAAAAAAAUAAAUAAAAAUUCGUUUGAAUUAUGUAAUUAAUUAAUUAAAAUGAAAUAAAGUGAAGCACACUUUAAAACAAAAUUUUCAUUCUGUACUUACAAAAUGUCAUUUUUUUCAAUAACAUUAAAUAUGUAUCAGUUUUUAAUUAAGUUAUAUAUAAUAUAUGCUUGAUGAACGAGGUGUUUGGAAUGUAUUCUUAAUUGUGGGACUGUUUUUUAUAAUAAAGUUUUUUGAAAUCUA